AUGAAUUGCAGUCCAAGGAAACUAACAAGUCGUUCAGAGUGUUCCGAGAGUGAGCGCCAACCGUACCGAUUCCAUGAUGCACUUAUAUAUACUCUUUGCUUACUUCAUGGUUUCUGUUCACUGAGCUCGUACUCGUACUAUUAUGACUGUUACAGUAUAUUAUACUGUGCUGCUGAAAGUUAUAUUACUCUGUGGACUGGUUGUGAUUGUGAGUGCGGUUUAAAAUUUAAACGAGUUGGGAGAUGUUCGAAUGCUGUAAACAACCUGUUAAACAACGGCAGUUUGAAAUGGUUUCGACAUUCGGCGGAACCUUUGAUAAUGGCUCUUGUUGUGAGGUGCAGUGGAACUGUGACUCGCCUGAUUUGUAAGUAAAAGGAUAAUUUGCGAUGUGAGGUGGUGCUGGAGGACCAGUUCAUGUUUUGUUGUUUAACAUGAGUGCCUCACUAGGAUUCCAUAGAAAUGAAACAGAAUCUAAACAAAUUUCUGCAUUUUUUCCAAAACAAUUUGAAGUCUAUGCUCUGGAAGAAGCUACAAAAGUAAGGAAAGUGAGAGUUCAAUGCUACGUGUGAAUUCGUUGUGAAAUUGACAAGUGAUGCUUGUUUGAAGAAAAAUUUAUUCUCAGCAGCUUUCUUAAUGUAUUCUGAUGUAACUGAAGUUAUAAUUUAACUUAUGAAUUGAAAGGACAUGUGACAAUAUUCAGAUGGUUUUCAAUUUUUGAAAUUUUGGAGGAAUCUAUUGUGGAAAGUUCUCUGUAGAUUUUGGUGUGUUGGUUCACUGUAAAUCUGUGAUCUAGUGCAUCUGUGGGUGUUUAUUCAUACUGAACAACUUGUUAAUUUGUGAUGCGGUGAACCAAGUGUUCCAGUGGUAAGCAGAGUACUAUAGUAUAGUACAGUGAAUACAAUAGACAGCAACCUGCACCCUGCUAAACCAUCUCAUAUGGCCUGCAGGUCUUAAACUUUUUGCUCAUUGUAAAUAAAACUGGCAAGGUUUUUAAUUUAUAUUUUACAUACCACAAAUUCACUCUUCUUUCCCCUGAACAAGUAAUUCUGAAGUAUUUGUUGUUUCAUUUUGGACUAUUGCAUGCAACAACUUUGCUGCCAACAAUAACAUCCUCCAACACCCUCCCCCUCUCUUCCAUCAUGGCAAUCCCUGUUUUGCCCAUCUUUCCUGCAUCUCUGAAUUUCUGUAACCUUGAAUGGGAUUCAACAGGUAGCUCCUUCUAGUCUUGGUAACUCACUUGUGAUUGUAAAGGAAAUUUUCCAUAUAGAAGUGUCAACUAAACCUCUCAAUCCCAUUAAUAACAGCUAAUGUUCAAUUCUCUUAGAAGAGGAAAAAAGUCACGACAGGCCUUUAAUGAACAAUAGAUACCAAAUUACCUUUUUAUAUGAGUCGGAAUAAUAGAGUUUAUUUCAUUUGUUGAAAAAGUGUGUCUGUUUUCAAAGAGUCCAAUUUGAAGAUAUUGCUUAGAAAGUUAGUUCAACAUAUGCAGCUCGUGAAAUUUGGAGGAUGGGGCCCGUGGGUAUGAAAAGGUUGCCGACCCAUGGUGUGUGUGUGUGUGUGUCAGA